GUUUGAAGGUGAAAUGUGAACGUGCGUGCUAAUCAAACACGGAAUCGCGGGACACCGAAAAAAGGGCCACACCGUGAAAUGGUGGUGCCCGUUGCGGCCCGUUUCUGUCGGGCAACCGCCCAUCUGGCCAUGUGCCGUUGCUGAGAUUCGAAAAAAGCGGCAUUAUUUGAUUAAGCACUUCCGGUUCUGCAGGAGGCUGUUGCACCGUAGCCUCUCCGGGGUUGUGGAUGAUGGUAACGAUGACCACGGAAAUUGAUAAAGACAAAGCAGUGACAGUGAUAAGUGCACCGAAAAAGAUGAAUGCCAGCGCGAGCGAAAAGGACACGGACCGGGAGCGCCGCGAGAAGGAGCAAACCCCCGGGGCAGAGUCCACUAAAGCAGGGGCGGAACAGAUCAGCAAAGCGGCGACGGUCGGGGUGGAAGUACCCGUCCCGCAGAUAGUGACCGAUGGUGCCGGUAAGAGUGCAAGUACCGGUAAGGAGAACAACAUCGUUGCUGCCAGCAGUGGGAGCGGCGGUGGAGGCACGGCAGCCGGGAGUGCCGCGGGGACGAGUGGAACGAGCAAGGCCGCCGGACAGCCCUCGCAUGCUCACUUCACGCAUACGGCCCUGAACCAGGAUGCACCAAAUAUUUUAGUCUAUAAAAAGAUGGAAGCAAUUGUCGAGCGGAUGCAGGGCGAAGAAGGGGGCGUCUCGGUGCGCACGAUAAAGGCGUUCAUGAGCAAAGUACCGUCCGUAUUCACCGGUGCCGAUCUGAUAUCGUGGAUAAUGAAAAAUCUCAGCAUAGAGGACGUGAACGAGGCACUCCAUUUGGCACACCUUUUGGCCUCGCACGGGUACCUCUUCCCCAUCGACGAUCACCAGCUGACGGUGCGCAACGAUGGCACCUUCUACCGUUUCCAGACGCCGUACUUCUGGCCCUCGAACUGCUGGGAGCCCGAAAACACGGACUACGCCGUCUAUCUGUGUAAGCGCACGAUGCAGAACAAGACGCGGCUCGAGCUGGCCGACUACGAGGCGGAAAAUUUGGCCAAAUUGCAAAAGAUGUUCUCGCGCAAGUGGGAGUUUAUCUUUAUGCAGGCCGAAGCGCAGAGCAAGGUGGACAAGAAGCGCGACAAGCUCGAACGCAAAGUGCUUGACUCGCAGGAGCGCGCCUUCUGGGACGUUCACCGCCCGGUGCCGGGUUGCGUCAACACGACCGAGGUGGACAUCAAAAAGGCGUACCGACGGGGAGCGUCCACGCUGGGCUCCGGGUCUUCCGGUACCGCCGGCAACAGCAACCCGAUUGAGCAGCUUACACGCCAGAUCAAACUGCUCAAGUUGAAGCUCGAGCGACGUACGAUUAAAAUCUCCAAAGUGGCCGAAUCCUACAUUUCCUACUUUGAACAGUACAACGAGUACGACAGCUUUUUAACGCCGCCCGAUCAACCGAACCCCUGGAUUACUGAUAACACCGAAAUAUGGGACGCUGACCGCACUGCCAAGGACGUAUCGCUGAAGCGUGUAAAGCGGUGGGGAUUCAGCUUACGGGAGCUUCUGAACGAUCCCGUCGGCCGGGAGCAGUUUUCCAAGUUCUUGGACAAGGAGUUUAGUGGUGAAAACUUAAAGUUCUGGGAGUCGGUGCAGAGCAUGAAAGCCCAGCCGCAGUCGAAGGUGAAAGAAGCGGCUCACGCAAUCUAUCUGGAGUUUCUUGCACCGGACGCAGCCUGCCCGGUGAACGUAGAUUCCAAGUCGAUGGAAUUGGCACGGGAAGCGGUCAGCAGCGCGGCACCACCCAAUCGCUGGUGUUUCGAUGUGGCCGCCGCCCAUGUGUAUCAUCUGAUGAAGAGUGACUCCUACUCACGAUACCUGCGGUCCGACAUGUACAAGGAUUAUCUGAACGGGUCGAAGAAAAAAAUCAAAUCCAUACCGAACCUGUUCGGUGUGAAACGUUAAAGUGUCGUGCCGGCCAAAGAAGAAGCGGCGAUGUACACAGUAACCAGCAACCCGACGGAUGCGGUAGGGAGUUCUGAGGGAGUUUUAAUAGACGAAUGUAGCUAGUUCGUGCACUGGCGGGCUUGCUGGCGACACGAUUGUCGUGCAAGGGUGUUAUGUUUCCGUUCCGAGAGGAAUUUGUCGGGGCUGUUCAUAGAACGAUUGUUUUAGUCACGAGCCAUAAUUAGCCAUAGAUAAAACGUAUUGCGCGUGUGUAUCGGUGUGUUAAAGUUGUGCCAUUUUCAUCGUGUUGCGCAUUCGUCGCAAACCCAACCAAACCGCAACCUAACCAAAGGCAAACCAAACUAAUGGAAUUGUUGAUGAAUUGCAUUGUACACUCUGACAGCGACUAGCGUGAGUGCAUUUUCGUGAAAACCCCGCUGGACGAUCGAUAGGACCGGGGUUCGAUCCACUUGGUUGUAAAAGUCACCCGAAAAAGGCGGCAAGAAAAUGUAGCUUAUCACCAUUAAGUUGGAUGUAGUCAUAGUCAAAGUUAGUGAGAUCCUUUGCCAACAGCUCGCAACACCAGAGAGCAUUGUUAAAAAUAGGAUGGGAAAUAGACCGGAAGCCGUUAGAAAUAUAUAUAUACAAUUAAAUAAGGUAAUGAAAACGCAACAACAAGACAAGAGCAAAUAUUAUGAUUAUAUUAUUAUAUACAGAAAUAUACACACACCGCACCGGCCAGUGCGGUGCGAGUGACGAAGGAAAACGAAACCAAGGCACAAAUAAUCGUAAGACAUCCACAGACCGUACUGUAAGCAUUCCCAGCAUUCGAUCGAUGAGACAAACGAGAAAAGGGAACCUCCGGUUUGCUGUCCGCUGCAAGGGGAGUGUUGUUUACAGUGGGCGAAGAAACAUAAGUGAGAAAUAAUAAUAGAAACAGAAAAUAU